CCCAUCUUUCCUUAACCUUGUUAACCUCCUCUCUUCUCUCUUCUCUCUUCUCUCUUCACUCUUCUCAACUCUCUCUCUCUCUCUCUCUCUCUCUCUCUCUCUCUCUAGCUUCUUGCAAAUGUCUCAACUCUUCAUAAAGUCUCCCAAACACUGUGGCAAACAAGGAGUGAACAUUGAGAAGCUCUACAAGAAGGUCUUCCUAGCCUUCUCAGCACUUUUCACCACAAUCCUCUCCAUAAUACUCCUGGUUUGGCUAAUCCUACGCCCCACAAAGCCUCAGUUCUCCCUCAAAGAAGCUGAUAUCUACCAACUCAACCUCUCAAACUCUCACCUCCUCAACUCCUCUAUCCAACUCACUCUCCUCUCCAAAAACCCGAAUCAGAAAAUCGGAAUUUACUACGAUGAGCUACAAGUUUAUGCUGCUUAUAAAGGACAACAAAUCACAGUCUACACUUCUCUCCCUCCUUUCUACCAAGGCCAUGAAGAUAGCAAUCUCCUAUCAGCAUCUCUAGGGGGAACUGGUUUACCUGUGGCUCCAUCAUUUGGUUAUCAAGUGGUACGUGAUCAGACGGUUGGGAGACUAGUUCUGAAUCUCAAAGUCAAUGGACGGCUCCGAUGGAAGGUCGGAACUUGGGUCUCCGGCCGGUACCGGUUGAACGUGAAUUGUGUUGCUGUUGUGGCUUUUGGACCUGCUAUUCCAACAGGUCCACUUUCUUCAGAGCAAGGCACUCAGUGUUCCACAUCUGUUUGAAGCUAAACAAUAUUGUUACUAACAUUAUGAUCAUAUUGCUCUUUGCUCUUCAUGAGUGAGUUGCUUCUUUGUUUUUGGAUUGUUUUCUUUAAUUGUAUUUUGCUGCUGCUAUAAAAGUGUUUCUGUGAAAUGUAAAUUAGCAAUGACUAAUGGGAAAGAAAGUAAUAACAAUUGUAAGUCUAUUUGGAU